AUGGCUUUGUCGACUGGCCCUGAAAAUCAGCAUCUCGUGUCCACCCCGUCCAACACAGAAGAUACAGUCUCAGAACGUGGGAAGGAAUCUCCCACUCUGAGAGAAGUCUCCCCUUCAUGGUGGUGGAGAGUUGGUGCGGCCGCAACAUUGUUUGCAGUCCCUGCCGCGUAUCUGGUACUACUUGGAAUCGUCGCACACCUUUCUGGCAAGAAGCAAAGUUCGUUCGGUGAUAACACGCUUGAGGUCUUGCAACUUGCUUCUACUCUUUGGCCUAUCUCAUUUGCCGCAGUCGUCGGGCCCUUUCUUAAGAGCCUGGCUCUUUAUGCCGCCGAGCGAGGGUCAACUCUGGGCUCUCUUGAGUUCCUGUUGACCAGCCAUACUACUAUUGCCGCCGUCAAAAACUUCUUUUCUUUUCGCCACAUACAUAUAUGGACUAUUGGUAUUGUGGCGAUAUGGUCCCUCAGCCCAUUGGGUGGUCAGGCAGCUGUUCGAUCUUUAGCCCUGCAGUCACCCAAGCAUACCGAGAAAAUCAAGGCUGGGCAUUACUUCUCUCAAACCCCCAUCAGAAGCAUAUGCGAAAGGGCAAGAUCAGACAACAAUUUUAACAAGUGCGAAAACGCAUCUGGUAAUCCAAAAGGUUUAAUAACCAAUGACCUUCCCGGUUUUCGGAGGGCUGUCAACACUGCUUUCUCAAGAACGGAUGUUCGGCUAUCUCAUCCCAAUGUCUCGACUGAUGAUUACGAUGAUGUGAUAGAGCAGUUGGGUGGCGCUUCUCAGGCAGCCCGUCUUGGAAAGCAAGACAUAUGGGGCAACGUCCGUAUUCCAUUCAUGGAAUUCCUGCCCGGAUAUGAUAAUCAAAAUCCGGAGUCGUGGACGAAUGUACCACCUGACAAAUAUGUGCCAUACUCAUCAUUCGUUGGGGUACUGAUCCGGGGAGGAUCUCCUCCUGGAGCAGUAGGAAACUUAAGCAUGAUUUUAUAUACCCGUUAUCAAACUCUCAGUUGUGGCGAUGUGUUCAACGGAACUGCUUGGUUAAAACGCAACAGUAGCGAAUCACCAAUAAUAUUUCACCAGACAAACUUUACAGAUACCGAGCCACUGCAAUACCAGGCACUUAAUUACGGACUGGAUACGAAGCCAAGCCUUUGGAUGGAUGUUGUUGAGAACAACGCAUCGGAUUCGCAUUUCGGCAUAGACCUUGACACGGAAAUUGAGUCCCCAUUGAAGUUGGCAGUUGGCGGGCAAUGUAUCGAUCGUGGCGGCACAUUCAGCCAUAUGACUCGCGUUUGCGAUAUGAUUACUUCAUAUGUAGAUGUUGAGCUGAGCUGUAAGCGGCUGGGUAGCACAGAUGACCUCAAUUGUCAAGCUGAAAGCAUUCGUCGGACUCCUGACCCAGAAUAUUCGGCAUACUUGACAGACUUGUCGCACAAGCCCGUCUCUGAACGCCUUGUAUACGAAAUGCCCUUCACAACCGCAACCUACUACUCAAUGGAGCCCAGUCUCCUUGAACGAUACAUUCACGAUCUAUUGUUAACAUUCGACGUCGGCCCUUAUGAUCAAAAAGAACCUCGUCCGGGCUGUUAUUCGGAGCUGUCUCAAGCAUUCUUCGAGGCUAGGUUCGCCACAGCUCUCAAUACAUUCCUCAUGGCCGCGUACGAUGACGUUGUCUUGGGAGGUGCUGACAAUACUGGACAAAGCAUGGAAGAUUUUGUCAGACGUACAUUUUUGUACCGUAAUGGCCACCCCAGCUGGCAGAAUACCACUGCCGAUUGGACCGGAUUUACAGAUAGCAUCUAUGUCAUGGAUAUAGCAUGGUUUUGCAUUUCUGUUAUAUCAACAGUUGCACUGUUAGGCUGUGCUAUUGUUAAUGUUGUUAUUCGGCAGCUAGUUCUGGCUCCUGACUUUCUAGAUAGUGUCGACGUGCUGACGCGGGAUUCUCCUUUUGUUGAUAUCCCAAGCGAGUCUUGCGCAAUGGGAAGCGGAGUCAGUUCAAGGGAUCGACUACAGGCAACGAAAGACAUCCGAGUCCAGAUAAGAGACGUCGAGCCGGGUGGAAAUGUUGGGAGAAUCGCGUUGACUACCGAUACGACUGAAAAAAGGCUGGAUUGGGGCAGGGCAUAUGUUUAG